GAAGCACAUGAAGGAAGAAAGCUACCAGAUGAAGCAGAAUGGGCGGAACGACUGCGUCAGGCUCCAGAGCAUGUUGAACGGGCACGUCGCGAAGAAUUUGGACAUGCAGUACUGGAUGACGAUACUUCGGGCGAGAUAGUCGAGGAGGCGACCACAAUGACCGAUAGUGAGAGCGUCGGCGACGAAAAUAACUCCUUGGACGGUGAAGGAAAGAAAGUAUGGGUGACCAGAAGAACCCUGAAAAGCCAUCUAGACGCUGUGCGUGCAAUCUCAUGGCAUCCGCGGGACUGUGCUUUGGCCACCGCUGGCGAUGAUUGUACUGUCAAGCUCUGGCGCUUUGACGCAUCCUCCCUCACUAAUCCUCAUGCACGGCUUUCAUCUGAGGCCGAACCGUUGGUUACCUAUCGAGGACACUCGGCGCCUGUGACGUCCCUUGUACAGUCUUUGGUUCCCAGCCAAAAAUUCCUUUUCUCUGCAUCCCUUGAUGCCACGAUUCGUAUAUGGGGGAUUCCGGACAAAGCGCACUCGAUGCCCUACGCGCCUUUCAACCCAGCCUUUACUCAUCGUGCAACACUUGUUGGUCAUUCGGAAGCCGUGUGGGCCCUCGACAUGGUUCCUGUGUCUUCUGGGUCUAGUCAGUUGCUAGUCAGCGUGAGCGCAGACUCGACUGUAAAACUAUGGGAUAUAGAGUCUCGAGGAGAACUUCGUUCGACGUGGGGCUACAAUGGGGUAGGGCAGGACCUCAUCCGAAAAGCGGGAACAUCUGUGGAGUCCAUUCGGACCCAACCGAACGUGGUGGCGGUGGCCUGGCAGGAUGCGGUCGUCAAGCUCUACGACGUGGAGACUGGAAAGGAAACCAUUCAACUCAAGAGCGAUACUACCUACGAUGGAACAUCCAAGACCCAAAUCAACUGUAUCAUUUCACAUCCCACAAUGCCUUUGUUAGUCACCGCACAUGAAGACAAGUACAUCCGGAUCUUCGAUCUCAAAUCUGGAAUGUGCACGCAUUCUCAAAUGGCCCACCUGGACGGAGUAACCUCGCUGUCUCUUGACUCCCAAGGAUUUCUUCUGGCAACGGGGUCGCAUGACUGCUCUGUUCGGCUUUGGGAUCCCUUCAGAGACGGCGUGACUUGUAUUCAGGACAUAUCGAGUCAGCAUCGUACAAAGGCAGACGAGGGUGUUCUCGACGUUCAGUUCCAUCCGACGUUGCAGACCCUUGGAAGCGCGGGUGCUGAUGGGACCGUGAAGCUAUAUUCGCACUCAUAAUUCUC